CGCACCACCCAAGCAUGUGGACGGCAGGCGACGAAAACAUCAACAGCCCAAUCUACGUACAACAAUGUUCCAGUCGCCUGCAAAGAGGAGGAGGUUGUCCGAUGAUGAAGAUUAUGAAAGAGCAGCUGAUACCAUCACAAACAAUAACGGCCUGAAAACAGCAAGUCCGACCCGACCAUCAUACUUGUCUCCCACGAAAAGCUCCCUGUCACGAUCAUAUCCACACCUCAUCGAACGGUCUCCUCGUCGUGCCCUAACAGGACUAAAGGGGAGAAGUUUAAGGGAUGAGAUUCUACAAAACAAACAAACCAACACCGACGUGCCUGAGUCUGAGAAGGUCCCUCGACCCAUCGACUCCGUGGGUCGCCCUGUGGAAGGGACAGUCCAAGAUCAAGUUGCAGAGGCUGCUGGAAAGGAGGCAGAGAGGACAGACUCGGGCACAAGGCCCAGUCCAAAGCCCCCAUCACCGUACAAAAGUCCUCAAUCACGAUCAACAAAGCAACGACCUUCGAGAGUGAAUGGAUCCCAGAGAGCAAGUCACUUCGGCCAGGACGGUCUCCCUCCGCCUAUUAUAAUGCCCUCUCUUGUACGCCGAACAAGUUCCAAUUCCCAGUCGGCAAGUCGCCCCGCAAGCAAUGAGCCAGAACUGCCUCCGACCCCAGUGCAGUUGGGAUUAGACCCUGCACCCGACAGACCUCGAGGUCUAUCGUCUAGCAGUCCGAGAAGUUCAAAGUCCGGCAGUGGGAGGUUUAGUAGGACAACACGAUCUCAGCACCUAUCCACUAGUAGCCCUUUGAAACCGAAAGCACGUGCACCACCGCCAAAAGCUAUGGAACCUUUGGCAAGCUUGAGGGAUGAGGGCGAUGAGGCUUCUGAGAGCGAGCUUGAGCCCUCAGCAGAUGAAGCCACCGAAGAGGUACCACCAGAGCUGCAAGAGAAGAAGUCGUCUCUCCGCUCCUUGAAAGAUGAAUUGAACAGAGUGAAGAAGGAGGUUGGAAAAUUGGAAAAUGUCAUUGGCCGCGAGCAGCCUGGCGAUGACUGCCUGACGCUUUUACAGAGCCUUACUUCAGACAACGGCAAAACUCUCCCAACAAAUACUGAGGCUUGGCCGACUCCGUAUCAUCUGACCUUGUUUGCACCGGGCAAUCUACAGCUCAAGAACACCACGGAGGUAUUCAGUCGUGAUGGCCGACCAAAGCUCCUUCACAACUUGACUGCUUCGGUGCCGCCUCCUUGGCUUCCCAACACCUUUGCUUGCACGUUCAAUGUGGUUGUGGAUGCUGAGAUGGGUCACGUAGAAAAUGUGCGCAUGGAGGAUGUCUUGCGAGACCAUAAUCAAGCUUCAAAAGCCCCCAGACGUGGAGUCUUCAAGUGGGCCGAGCAACGCUUACAACCCGGACCUGAUCGUCUCAGCAUACACCGGCUUGAUCUAGCAGGUAUAAUCUGGGGAAUGGGCAAAUGGUUCUCUGCCACGAUUGAACGUGCAAAAAUCUUUCGUCAACUGGAUUUACAAUACGUCAAGCUUUCUACAGCCAAAGAUGACAAUCUCUCAGAUGGGGACGAGCCUUUGAAACCAGAAAUGGCGGUCGAGCUCUCUCCGUACCUCGAACUCACACAGCUCGAGAUGUCUGCUCAGAUCCCGACUUCCAAGAAGAGCGACGUAUCGUCUGCGGUGAAAAUCAUGUUGGUGUGGCAACUCGACCUUGACUGGACCGGAGAGGCCAUCUCUGACGUCUCGCUGACAUUCAGCGGUGUGUCGACCAAGGCGGAGAAAGGUUUCAAAGAUGUGUUUGCUACUUUGUACCCUUCCAAAGGUGUCCUGAAUGCUUUUGAAAGUGUCUGGGAACUGAUUCAUGCGGAUGGAGAUGAUGAAGGAAACCCUGAAGGGAAAACCAAAGGCAAGCGGAAACGGGUCUGAAUUGUUGGCCAGAAUCAGUACAGAUGUGCUAUGAUGUAUGAGC